AUGCGCUUCAGCACUCUCCUUCUCGCUCUCGCGACUCAGAUCUUGGCUCAAGACCACCCCGCCGUGCCCCUUGCUACCGGUCAACCUAAGCGUGUGACUUAUCAAGCCAACUUGCAGGAUGGUAAACCAGGCGGAGGGUAUAUCGCAGGUGUCUCGAGUGAUGAUGGCACUGGCGUGAGCUUCAAUAUCAAUGCGUACCACAUCCACGUGAACCGUAUCCCGGAUGAUGGAAACUGCACCGCCGCUGGUGGCCACCUCAUGCCAUUCGACGGUCCUCCAGAUACGGUACCCUGCAACAUCACCGAUCCGCAGUAUUGUCAAGUUGGUGAUAUGUCUGGCAAGCACGGAAAAAUCACAGCGGAGAACUCCAACAACGGGAAAUUCAAUGCAGCCUAUACCGAUGUGUACGUCUCGGCCAUCGAAGGGAAUGAUGCAUUCUUCGGCAACCGCAGCAUUGUCAUCCAUGCUGCAAAUGGUACGAGACUGAAUUGCGGCAACUUUGACCUUCAGCCAGAUGCCGCAGCCAGCAACGGAACUUAUCCUGGCAGCAACGGCACCUAUACUCCACCAAGUGGCUCGAGUGGCGGCGGCUAUGCUCCUCAAGCCACCUCAGGCUCGCCUUCAGCCUCCGGAAGCGCUCAAUCAUCGCCAUCACAACUCCCAGGCAGCGGCGUCGGGACCCUCGCUGUACCCUUCUUCUGGGCUGGUGUGCUAGGGCUCGCCGCUCUGUUUGCUGCAUCUUAA